CCCAUUGAAAAAAAAAGUCCUACCUUGAAUGAAAGGUACAAUUUGACGGAAUGAAAAUCAAAAGACGAGGUACUUGCGAAUGUGAAUUGAUAGUUUUUAAAACUGAUUAAUGACAAGGUCAAUGAGCAUCUGAAAUUGUGAACUGGGUGAAUCGUAACUCAAGGACAAUGACAUCAGAAGGACAUCGGAUGGAACUUGACUCAGCUGUUUGUAGCUCUCCGGAUUUAGAAAAUGAAUCAUUUUCUUUGCUGCCAUUUCUCAUAUCAAAUGACAUUAGUAUCAGCCAAGUAGAAGAAAUUGAAAAGGAAUUGGAUUUUAGUGAAAAAUUUUCUCUUGUUUUUCUUUUAUAUGAAAACAGUGAACUUGAAUUGGCUUACCAGAAAUUAGAAGUAGCACAUACUGCUUAUAAAGCAUGCGACGAGAAUUUUUUUCCAGUGUCACAGUGGGUGAGAGAACAUUUAGAGGAUUCAGAGUGGAACGAUUAUCUUCUCGAAGCACUAUGCAUCAUACAGAACUAUAAACUGGUGCAUAAACUUGGUUACUCAAAGAACGACAUGAACUUGAAGUAUCUUCCAGACAACCCUGGUUUGUCUUCAAAAAUUGAUUUGAUGAGGAAAGCGCUUUAUCGCUUGUGUGAAGUCUUGACCGUAGGUAAGGCAGAAAAGCUCAUUGAUAUGGUGCACGCAGAUAUCGCCAGAGAAUCUGUGGAAACUGCUGUUUUGCUAAAGAAAUACGCAUCAGAAUUCCUUGAGAUAAAUUUGCUACAUUGGCAUUCAUUGCAGUAUAUAACUAUAGCUUCGUCUGCUGCCAGGGGUGAUGUGGACAUUCAAAAACUUGCCCGGCAUUUGAAGGUUUUGGAGGAAGAAGAACUGUGUGAAUACGUAAAGGUUAUCGAAAAAAGAUGCAAACCGGAGAAAAUGGAGUACAAGUCUCUGCCGUCUGAGCAGAGAACUUUUCUCUCCAGGCCCACAUUGCCAGGACGAGGGGACCACAGUAUUGUGUCGACGACAUAUGGUUCUUCACCAUCCAGAAGUAGCAUAUAUCCCAUCAAUGAGAGAAGUGUUGGAUUAUGUCUUAUCAUAAACCAGAAAUACUUCUUUGAAGAUGAAGAUCCAAACCUUCAGCUGCAACUCCCACAGCAUAAAUUGGAAACCAGACUUGGGACGGACGUGGAUGAAGCAAGGCUAGUGGAAGCCUUCUUGGCCCUGGGCUUUGAAAUCAGUGAAGUGGGCCAAAAUCUCACGCACACACAAAUAAUCGAUACAGUGUAUUUGACUGCAAAGAAGUUUCGCAAGGAACAUUCGUGUUUAGCAGUUUGUAUCUUAUCACAUGGAAAGAAGGAUGGAGUCUAUGGGAGCAACUCCAUUGCAGUGCAAAUAAAUGAAAUUGAAGAUUUGGUAUCCGGAAGAAUAAAUCCCUACUUGUUGGGAAAACCAAAAAUCAUUAUAAUACAAGCAUGUCAAGGAAGCAGCUUACAGAGUGUGUAUGUGGAAAGCUGUAUUGAAGAGGAUGGCUUGCCUCGGUCUGCCACUGUUCGUGCCGAAGAUCGAACAAGGUCGGUACUCAGCGACCAAAUAAAGUUCUGGUCGACAGUGCCUGGCUUUGCAUCAUUUCGCCAUCCACAAAAUGGAACUUGGUUCAUUGAAAUUCUGGCGAGCGAACUGCUGCUGCAGAAACCGAAGAUGGACAUCUGUGCCAUAUUCACUGUCGUGAAUGGGAAAUUAAAUGAGCGCAAGGCUUUCAAGAACGACGCGUGGGUGGGGAUGACCCCCCAGUGGUCGACGACACUGACGAAGACCCUGUACUUGCCCCUGCGCAGAGAGUCGCGGUUCCCUGUGGCGAGUAAGAUGCUCUUGCGACACAUGUUCAACAUCAUGCUGGAUGAGUACAUUCGGGAAGGAAUCCGAAGUGAAGGCGGUGAGUUAUUUGGCAAGUCUGGCAAGUGAGUGAAGAGUCAAUGUUCCUCGUUGGGUAUUUAUAGCCAAAGAAAUUUUCUGUACAAAAUGGAAACUAUUACAAAUAUGAAGAUGCUAUGUGUAGGGAUUGGAAAAAUUCGUGGUUUCGAUAACCUUCAGGAUAGGGUACACAGUUCUCGGUAUACUCUGGCAUAUAAUGCCAGUUCAUUGGCUGCUGACUUGUGAAUCAUCUCAUUUGGUUUGUCUAUGAUUCAAUACUUUGGUUAAGGGUUUCUUAUUGGCCCUAAGUUGUCCAGCUGAACAGUGAACCAAUAUCAAUUUCAGCUUAAAUGUUAAUGUUUUUGAAUAUUAGCCUAUCGUAAAUUGAAUCCGCAAAUUUUUUGUGUCUCAAACUAUGUGCAUUCGUGCAAAUAUUUUUAUACAUCACAUCAUUUUCAUAGAGUUAGGUCUUAGUUGGUGGAACACUUUUAAAAGCUUGGGUUAGUUUGCCUUUUUUCCCCCCCUUUAAAUAUUUUGCACAUGACUUUCAGCCAUCAAACAUACUUCAACUGUUUAUAAAACUAAAGAAGCCAAUAUGGAAAUUGGUACAAGAAUACCUGCUCUUAUGUUUUGUUGCAUAAUAAUGCUGGUGUGAAAAUACUUAACUUUUAUGACUUUUCUUUGCUCGAGUGACAAUACAAUUCAUUUUACUCUGCCGAGUUGUUACCCAAGUGGUUUGUAGCUCACGGUAUUCUAGGAGGCCUUAUACCUCCAUGUAAUUGAAAACUCUCCUUUUUUACUUCACGUUUAUCUCUCAGGAAUAGAGAGACGUAUCAAAGUAACUGUGAUAACUUUCAUCAAAGGAAGGCAGAAGUAAAAGUUUUUGUAUUCUUUUAUCUUUUGUGCACCUGAAUGGAUUUGAAAAAUUUCCAAGUAUUUUAUUAUGCAUGCAAACACAUUUUUUUAAUGAAAACUUUAAAAGAAUACCGUUUUACGGCAGAGAACAUUGCACUGUUGGUCUGACAUUCACCGUUUACCUUGAAACACCUGCUUUUAUGGACAGGCCAAUGGAUUUAUAAAGUGUGAUAUCAACAGAUUUUGUAUUACGGUAGGUGUACUGUGCAGAGUAAUGCAACUUUAUGGUUUAGUAUCCACAGUAUCGUUUCUUAGGUUUUAUGUGUAAAUGGGAUAUUUUCUCUAUUGAUACCAUACAGCGGUGAAGUAUGUAGUAGCAGCAGCUGGUAUUAAAUGUACAUGAGAUGUGAACACCCAGUUUUGUGAUGACAAUGUGUUGUUGUUUGUGUACUUGCUAUUUGUAGUACCAUUUUAUUUCCAGUAACAUUCCAUUUCUUCACGAAUGUCUGGGAUAGCUACUCCACAACUAUAAGCGGCGAUGCCGUAAUGCUGUGAUGUGCGCACUGGUUUUUGUUCUCAUAUUCUGGUGUGUCUGCACAUGUGCAUGACAUAGUGACAUAAUCUGUAUGAUUUUUUUAGUGGAUAAGCUAUUCAUUUAGUUUUUUAGCUAUCCAUUUAGGUAUUUCAUAAUCUUUUACAAAGAGAUUGUGAUAGUUUUGUUUUUACCUACUUCUUUGCUAAACAUUUAUUCAGUUCAACAGCUCAUAAAGUAAAGGUUUUGUAUAAAUUUUUGUAAACAGUUGCAUGAAUUUCUAAAUAUUUUUUAAGUGGUGCAAAUUUUUAAUGUAAUAUAGUGCAUGCCAGUGAGAUUGUCAAAUUAAUUUUAAAAGAAUGGUGUGUGCUUUAAUUACAAUGUGUAUUUAAUGAUGUGUAGUUUUGACUAUCACUUGAAGUGAUAUUUUUGUUUAAAUGUUUUAAGGAGUGUUAGAGUUAGUUCUAUUUAGAAUACAGUUUGGUAUUGUUAUAGAAAAUUGGUAGAAAAGAAAUGUGAGCACGUCUUUCAGUGCUUGUCAUGUGUUCUUAUGUGCUCAUGAAAUUUAAUGUAGAAUUAUUGAAAAUAAUGCAGAGUGAGAUAAAUGUACAAAAAGCAUUAAUUUUAGGGAAAUUUUUCCCUUUUUUGAAAUUCAACUAUAAUUCUGUUAAUCAAAAUGGUACUACUGAUUUCUCAGGGCUAGCUGAAUAACAGGAGUACCUACGUAACAUGUAAAUGCCUCAACACUGAACCUGUGACAUUUUCCUCUAGACUGGAAUUUUCACCUGCAUUUUUGAGGUUAUACUUCUUUAGGCGUGUUGAGGGUGGAAUUUUAGAAUGCACCAGAAAUGCAAUGAAAUGGGUGCUCAUUACACAAAGGAAUUUUUUAACAGGUUGAAAGCCCAAUGCACAUACAUGCAGAAUGCGCUAUACCCACGAUCUGAAAUUGUCAAGAUGGCAGACCACCGUGUGGUAAUAUGCAGCUGUAAAUAUUAACUUUUGAGGACAUGAAAGGAUGUACUCAGCAUAUUAGUGGGCCAAAGUGUAUACCUACUCAUUUUGCAAAGGCCUAACUUUCUUCUUUCCCCAAACUUGACGUGAUACGUCCAUUACAUCUUCUUUUGACGUGCAUAUUCACAUCAUGGUAUUAUCAUAUUUUUCUUUCACUGGCCAAGCCUUCCGGGUGCGGGACACAUGCGCCGCUAGUUGCGGUCUGCAGUAGCUUCACACUUCCUUGCCUGCUUACGUCACGCCUCCUCCCGCCUCCUAGCGGCCUCGUAGCUUACUAAUUUAUUUGCUGUUUUUUCCCUUGCAUGAAGUCUUGAAACACUUACAAAUUUUUUCUGUUAUCAUUAUGUGGGCCGACUAAACAAUAAAUCUUAAUAUAUAUAAAUCUCGUGUCACAAUGUUUGUCCUCAAUGGACUCCUAAACCACUUAACCGAUUAUAAUAAAAUUCGCACACCAUGUGCAGUUCGAUCCAACUUGAGAGAUAGGAUAGUUUAAAUCUCAAAUUAUAGUCGCAAUUUUAAUUUAUUGCGAUUUAUAAAAGCGAAAUACCACUCACUGACUCACUCAUCACGAGAUCUCUAAAACUAUAAACUCAAUUGACUUGAAAUUUAGCAUAAUUAUUCAUUUUGUGAUGUAGACGCUCACUAAGAACGGAUUCUGCGGAAAUCCGAUCCCAAGGGGAGUUUCGGAGGGGGAAGGGGGGGGGGGGGGUAAUAUAUCAAAAUUUCCAUUUUUUGGUAGGAAAUCACCAUGGCAACAGCUGUUGCUUUGUUGAUGCUUCAUUCGUCUCUAUGACAACGACUAUUUCAUUGUUAGUGCAGUCCUCAUCACCGUUGAAAUUUAGCUGGUAUCUAAAUAUCAAAAAUUACCCUUUUUUUUCAAGUAUUUAUAUUUUACAGACUUGAAACUUCACAGUAAUGUUCCUUAUGUUACGCAGGAUGACAUUUUCCGAAAAUUAGAUCCCAUGGGUGGUUAAAACAAGGCAACAGGAUUUUGCAUUGUUCAUGCCUUCUGCGUCUCCAUGGCAACGGGCAUCGCGCGGCAGUGGCGUACCCACAAGGAGGGGCAAGUAUAAUGAGCGGCGCAAGCGUGAUCUGCCUGUAGACUGCCGUAGCGAAGUACGGGUACAUCAGUUGUACGUUGCGUGCACGAGUCGGGAAACCAUCGGUGCUAUUCAUUUUCUCUCCGGUACAUUAUACAGCAUUGUAAUAAAUUUUCACUGAUUUUUUUAUUAUUUACCAUUACUGUAAAUGGGUGAUGUGGCUUAAUUUUUUUCCAUCAGUAUAGCCGUGCGAAGCCGGGUCGGGCAGCUAGUAGUUAAAUAAAAUGGAAAAUUAAAAUAAUCACACAUUAAAUAUCUAAAAUUUUUACACUCAAUACCAACUGUACCUAACCAAACUCCUGGUAUUUAGAUGGUUGCCAAAACCUUUUUAUCAAAAUCAAAACCAAGUAAAACAUUAAAAUAAAAUAACUUAAAAAAAAUAGAAUUUUUUACCAACUAAAAUAUAUUUCAUUUAAAAGGUGUUUAAAAAAAUUCAUUAAAUGAUUCUUAAAUUACACGUGGGGUCACAACAAGAAAAAUGGAAUAACCAACUCGGUGUGAUGUUUUUAGGCCUGGGUGUGUCUGCUAUUUACAGUUUGGUUAUGUGGGUCCGUUCCAGGCAACUCGUGUGGACAGAAAUAUAGGGCCCAAGCCCAAGACUCUGGUCUGCACUAUACAAACUUGGUUACACUGACUCUUGGAAUCACAGGCUUACAAAUUUGAAGCAUACAUUUGAAGAAUAAGUUAGAUUUUGUGAAUGAAACUUAAAAGAUUAUUUACAUGCAAGCUCUGCAAAAUGGUGUUAUCUCUCCUGUAGCAGCUCUUCAAGAGAUGCCAAAAGAGAAAUGGGUUAGGUUUACUUGCGAUCAAACUUAAACAGUUUGGUGUAAUACACUUUUUAUUAGAACAAGAUUUACAGAUGACACAAAUGCAAACUUGGAACUUUAGAUAGCCGUGAACAUCCGUCGCGAAGUAUCGCUUAACAGGAUACGGCUUGCAAGACUCUGUAAACAGAAGGAGUAUUUAUAAAUACAAAACAAAAUAUAAAUACACCCUCUUCUUGAUUAUAUUCUGAAGACUGACCUAUAAUUAAUAAACACCUGUCCUUACUCAAAACACACAACAUAAACACACAGUUUAAUUGAAUUUAAAUUGGGCUUUAUCACACUGGUGGUAUUAAUUUGUCCAGUCGACAUUUACACACACUUACAAUUAAUUUUCAAGUUGGGAUUAGACCACAGCUGCAACUAAUCAUUUUUGCACUUGGACAAUAUACGUCCCUAGUGGCGAAACGCCUACAAUCUACGAAGUGCGUCUUUACAACUCCGUUAAACAGAACAAGUACUACAGCCUUUGUUAUUUGAACUUACAUCUCUACCUCCUUCGUACUCUAGGUUCUUAGUCUUGUCCGGUGUUGGUUGUCCUCGCUGCCACUAUACCUAUGUAACCUUCAGUGACAACGUUUAAUUCUACGGACGCACCUUGCGCGCCGACUCGCUCGCUUGUCACUCGCUGAGCGAGUGACCCAAAAACCAAAAUCUGCCCUCAGCCCUCCCAACCUCCAGGGGGUAUUUGUCUUCAGCUGAGGACUCUAACUUUGAAGAGCAGCUUUCCACAAGUUACUCGCCAAGCUAGUCCCUACUCGCUAACGGCGAGUACUGUUAGUGUUAGCGAGUUUGUAUGUCUUGCCGUCUCUUCCUUACCGUCGCCAGCGGCUAAGUCCCAAACCACAAAAAUUAGUUUAAGUUCUACUUACAGUGGUAGAUAUUUUCUAAGUCCCACCUCGACCUCGGGCGUCACGACAGUCUCGGGAGGCGUGGUUGGAGCACCCGGGAAGACGUCCGUGAGACGUCCCAGGUGUAGAGUUGUUGGAUCUCGGCUCUCCCUCGUAGUCGGUCUUGUUUCGCGGCGGUCCCGGAAUCUUCCAAGUCCCGACUCGUCCUCGGCCGUCGUGGUGUUGUUCUGUGACGUAGUGGAUGGUGACAGCGUGGAGCGGUGGUAUAAUCUUUCGCCUCUGGCCGCCCGCCAGGCACCUUCUGCUUGAAUCUUAUCAGGAGACCCCUAUUUAUACUCGGGGAAAUGAAAAUGACAUCAUUUGUAUCCAAUCGCGGACCUCGGCGGAUGACCGCAUCAUCGCCCAAUAGCCGUUCGCUUCACUGUUACUAAGCACGUGGCCACCAGCGAUUCUCUUGUAGCUAUCAGAUUUGUCAAAACCUGAGUGUUAUACAACCCUCUUGACUUGAACGUUUCGCAGAUGUACUGCCGUUUAGGGGCAAAAUCGUUAGGUAGGGGUAACCUACUAUAACAAUGGGACUAAAGUUUUACUUAUUAUCAUUUAAAUUUAUAAUAUUUCAGUAUCUUGUUCACCUUUGUGGUUUUCCCCCCCCAAUAUGAUUGUUUUUAAUUUUGCAUUAUGUAAGUAACAAACUGUGACUUUUAAAUUUGUUACAAUUUUUUAGUGUUGACAUUCACCUCCCUAAAAAUAUCUAUGUUUAUAUAUAUGUUAUGUAUGUAUUAUUUACUGUUAUGGUUUAAUAUUUUAUAUACUAGGGCAUAAAUGUUAUUUUUACUUUAUGCGAGUGAGAAUUUUGUAACAGGGUAAAUUGCUAUUUAAGAUAGGUUAGGUGAUUAAGUGAACGAAGCCCUACGUAAUAUUAAAAUACUUAAUAUUUCUGCCCUUGUUUUUUCAUGUUAUCAUGUAAAAUUAGUAUUCAUUAUUGUUACGGCGUAAAUGUAUUUGUAUUGUGUGUACUCGACGGUUCUGUUGUAAUAAUGAGGACAUGACAAAAUGGCUGUGACAAAUAAUGAAGUCAUUUUUUUAUAGAGCUUUUAUAUAGCCAGAGAUAUAUUAUACUUUUGUAAAGUGUAUGUAAAUAUUAAAUUUUUAAGUAUGUUAUCACUACCACCUUCCUAAAAUAACUGUUCCAAUUGAAGUUUAUUUUAAUGAACCAAUGAGAAAUAAAUGUUAUUUAUACAUAAUAAAA